GCGGCGCAUGCCGGGGGCUCGAGCGCAGACACACAAUCGAAGGCAUCCUCUCGCGCGAUGGUCAAAAAUAGAUAGAAGAGGGCUUGUAAUUCAGGAAUCAGUUCAUUUCAGCAUUGUCAUGUCUGGCCAAUUAUUUGUGAUUUUUAUAUAAAAUACAAUUUACGGUAGUCUGAAUUUGUGUAAGCUGUUUUGAUAGUUUAUUGCCUAUUUGCGCGGUGCGUGCUAGGUUUUUAUUCUCUCGCUCUCAUCUGUAUUGUUGUUGCCUGCCUGUCUCGCGCGUUCUUUAUGCACAGCACGCCGCUCUAGUCCUCUCGGAGUAAAGAGACCUUCGUCGGAACAGCAUGGCCCGGUCCAGUCGCGCCCACUGAGAGAGAUGGAAGCAAAACAGCACUCCAUAAAGAGCUACCCAGAGGCGGGGGGCCGGAGCCUGGCGGCGGCCGCGGGGGACGUCGGCGUUGGAGGAGGGUGUCUUGCCGGCUCGGCACAGAUGGAGAUGGAGUCAAACAUACAGAAAGCCAUUGACUUCAAGGUGGAGGGCCACCGCUGCUACAAGGAGAAGAAAUUCCGGGAAGCGAUAGGGAAGUACCACCGGGCUCUGCUGCAGCUGAAAGGGGUGCAUUUAGUGGAUGAAAGCACGGACUCCGAGGUCAACCUCCUGAGCCAAGCCGCGGUCAAGCUGACGGAAGAGCAGCGGAGAACGGUGGAGAUCACGGAGAUCGAGUGCUACGACAGCUUGACAGCGUGCCUGUUGCAGUCCGAGCUGGUGAACUAUGAGCGUGUGAAGGAGUACUGCCUGAAGGUGCUGGGCUACCAGAGGGACCACUUCAAGGCCAUGUACCGCGCUGGCAUUGCCUGCUACCACCUGGGAGACUACGACUGUGCCCUGCGCUACCUGCGUGACGCCAAGCACCGUGAGCCCUCAGACACAAACGUGCUGCGGUACAUCCAGUUGACGGAAAUGAAGAUGAAUAGGGAGGGUCAGCGGGAGAGGGAGAGCGGCAAAGAGGCCCUUGGCUAACCUUUGACCUUUUGGCCUCUCUAUCACUAUGGCCUAUGCUACGACCCAUCCUACGUCACCUCUCCUCUCUGACCUCCUCUCCUCCUUUAUGGAGCCCAGUCCCAUUGAUGACUGGCCCGAGCGAUGCGCCUCAACCAUGUAAAAGAACAGGGCAGAAAAAGCCCUGUCUCUCUCCCUCUUUCUCCUCCUUUUCUCCCCCCGCCUCCCCUCCCCCCACCCCAGGCGCUGUUGUUCUGUACCCCAGAUGCAGACUGUCAAACCAAGAAAAAAUGAAGCAGAGGGAAAUACUAUACUAUACUCAUGCAAAACUGCUUAAAAAAAUAUACGAUCAAAGAAAAUUGCGUAAUUUAGAGAAGGUGUAAAAAAAAAAAAAGUAAAAUAGAGUAGAAUUUCUUAUUUAUUCUUUCGAUGUGAGGACUGAGGAGAUGUCCAGGGUUGGGAAAGGGACCAGGGGAGGGCAUGGGAAGGAGUUUAGGAGAAAGGAAAUGGUGUAACACAUAUCAAGACCUUAGGCCAAUUCAACUGUACACCCUGACCCCUGCCCUGUCACAAUGGAGGGAGGUCUGAAAGCCACUGACCCAGACUUGUCCCGGACAGAGAUUGUCCCCCCAGUACAGUACAGAUCAGGCUAGCUAGCAGGCUACAUCUCUGUCUUUUUAAUACGAAAUAGUCUUCAGACAAGCCGACCUUUGCGCUCAUGUUCAAUCAAUCUUCUUUUUCGUUUUCAGCUUGUAGUACCUUGUCUCUAUUUCUGGACGGUUUUUAAAUUCAAGGGCUAAUUCAAGUGUUUGUAAUUUGUCCUUUGUUCAUUUUUUUUGUCUCCUGUUUGAUUUUCAUUGCACUUACGACUAUCGGUUGUUAUGAAGCAAAAUGUACGUCCUUUCUCUUUCUAAGGAACAGAACAAACUAACUCCCACCGGACUCACUGUUCCUCUGUUUGACAGGUGUGUUUUUGUGAACCAGUGUCUUGAAUCUGUUGUCCAAUCCCCCCUGGAAUGUGUUGUGUUGUCAGACUGUUACCCCCCCCCCACCAAUCUCCGCUUUCUUGCUAAUGAUGUCACAAUGGAAAAUAGCCAGUGGAACUGAGGUUCCGUCAAGCACCCUUGGCUGCACAGAGUUCUCUGAUUUUUUUGUUUUACUCUGAGAUCUACUUCCAGGCCCUUGAUCACUCAUGUUGAACCUUCCCAGGCAUCAGUGACAUCACAAGACACUCUUGGCAGUGUUCGCGCAGGGAAUCGGAUCCCACAUGUUGUAUCCGUCUGAGGUGGAUCAGCCAUCAACCCAGUCAGAUAAAAACAUCAACCCGAGUGUGCCAUUUGAGAUUCCGAAUUUUGUUGUGCAUAUUUUAAUAGAUAUCAGUGUUGCGACAAACAAAGAAAUCAGUUCAGAAAAUAAAUUAGUACAAAAAUCGCUGUCUCCAUAGGCAGAUUACACAACAGUAGUGGUAGACCAAGACAAGGGAGGAUUGUGAUUGGGGCGAGGCCAGAUAAUGACAUAUUACACAUACAGACCAUCAUACCACUGCAUACUUUCUAAAUAUCAAUCCCAGUGAUGCUGAUAAAGCCUGAAGAGUUUCUAGGAUUUAUAGAAAUACGUAGACGUACCUGCCCUGUUCUAAAGGAGAGGUUUGAGUUGACCUUAAUUCCGCCAUCUAAUACCGUGUAACCCAGUUUCCUUCACCCUAUGUGCAAGCCAAGCCCCUGCAUGGUAAUGUGUGGCUCAAAGGGGAAGCCAUUUUGGAUGUCAGGGAUAAUGUCUGGUUCAUUGCUUUCUAUAACAGGGCAGGUUGCUCCCCCUAUCCAAUGUAUCACGCUAAUACCCUCUAUGCUCCCUGCAAACGUAGAAUGGGUUAAUGGAGUCAGCGGGUCAUUUUCUGAGACUUAUAUGGUCCCAUGCAGAAAGACAAUAGGGUCAGCAGCAGUGGUCUGCCUUGGCCGAGGUGAGGAGAAGAAUUCCAAAAGGACUUCAGAGGAGUGGAUAAUACAAUAUCAAAACGAUAACAGAUCUCGUCAUUUGCCUGUGGCCUAAUAUGAGGGACAUUGGGACCAAAGUGCAUCAAUAAGAGGAGGCUGUUGAGGGGAGGACGGCUGAUAAUGAUGUCUGGAACGGUGGAAACCAUGUGUUUUGACGUAUUUGAUACCUUUCCACUAUUCUUCUCCAGCCAUUACCACGAGCCCGUCCUCCCCAACUCAGGUGCCACCCAACCUCCUGUGGUGUCAAUGGGACUCUGGAGAGGCAGCAGCGCGAUGCCUGGAGCAAAUUUGUGUGAUCCAGAGACGCGCUCCACUGUAGAGGGAAAUGGGCCAGCAGCACCAGUAACACAGCAGGAGUGCAGUGUCACUCUGAAACUGUGGAGAUGGGAUUAUGUUAAAGCAGCGCUGUGAAGAGGUUCGAGGGAGGUUUACACCUUGGUACAGAAACAAGGCGUGGAAAAACCCAGAGGCACCAAGAACUCUCUUUCUUUGUCGCGCUCUCUAUUUCUCUCUCUCUCUGAUGCUCAUACUCUCCACCUCUUCCCCUCUCUCCAGAUCUCUCUCCAUACCUCAAUCUCAAUUCAAUUUAAAUUCAAAUUGCUUUAUUGGCAUGACGUUUCAAUGUCCAUAUUGCCAAGCCUACUUUGCAAAUGGAUAUAUAUUUAACAAUAUUAACAUCAUAAACAAAAUGUAAUAAUAAUAAUUGGGAUUGUCAAUGAAAUAUACACUGAGUAUACCAAACAUCGGGGCAUGGACUCUACAAGGUGUCAAGCAUUCCACAGGGAUGCUGGCCCAUGUUGACUCCAAUGCUUCCCUCAGUUCCGCGUCAAGUUGGCUGGAUGUCCUUUGGGUGGUGGACCAAUUCUUGACACACACACAGGAAACUGUUGAGCCUCAAAAAUCCAGCGCCGUUGCAGUUCUUGACACAAACCGGUGAUCCUGGACCUACUACCAUACCCCGUUCAAAGGCACUUACAUUUUUUUGUCUUGCCCAUUCACCCUCCGAAUGGCACACAUACACAAUCCAUGUCUCAAUUAUCUCAAGGCUUAAAAAUCCUUCUUUAACCUGUCACCUCCCCUUCAUCUACACCGACUUGAAGUGGAUUUAACAAGUGAUGUCAAUAGCUUUUGCCCGGAUUCACCUGGUUUCGUCUACGUCAUGGAAAGACCAGGUGUUAUUAAUGUUUUAUAUACUCAGUGUAUAUCUCUCUGUCUCUUACUCUCUCAACCUCACCACUGUGCAGUAGUGUUGUAUUGGUCCCUAUGGCUGGCUGAGCUGGGCCUACUCCCACAUGGCCCUAUAGGGAAUCUCCCCAUGGUCCUAUCGCCAAGGCAUCCGUCCACCAUCCUGUUGUUAUCCCAGUUUGCUGAGUCAUUAUCGCUCCGUGUCUAUGGUUACUGUCCACACAUAAAAACAGGUCAGGGCUAAGUUCUUCCCACCCCUGCCCUAACAUGACCCAUUAUGAGAUAAACAAAGGAAUGACCCUGGACCAGUUAUUGUGGGAAUAAUGUUACAACGUGCUGUCUGUGCAAAUAUAGAUAGAGAGAGACAUCGUCUCUUUAGCCGUCUAGUUCUGAAAAGACACGGCAAAAGCACAAACUAAAGUGGGAAAGUAAAUACGGGCCGUUUUUCUUCUCUUUCCUUUGAUGUCAUUGAGGUACUUGUUUGUCAAAUGUCAAAGUCGUUUUUUGUGCUUACGAAACAAUUGUGAACAAAAUACGAAACUGAAAAGAAAAACGAAUGGCUGUUAAAAGCUUUACCUUAUUGAGUAAUUUUAUCAAUUGAUGAGAACGCAAGUGAAGGGGGAAGUGAGUUUGGUGUAGCUACACCACAGGCUAUCUGUCACUGUGUCUCUGUGUGUAGAUGUUAAGUAGGAUUUGUUGUCCCCUGUUUUUGGGAAAGUCCAUACCCAACUCUUAAGAGUUUGUGAAUCCCACAAAGCGACAGUGGAUCUCGUUGAAGAAAGUGGGCGUUGGAGAACCGAACCAGUUACACAGUAGAAGUUAUUUAUGAGCUACAGCAACGAAGAACUCCGCUAAUCUGUUUUUCUUUCCUUUUCCUCGUUUGCUUGUACCGGAGAGUAGGACUUGAUGAUGAGUACAUCGUGGUUAGAAGUACAUUUUUCCCCCCAUUGGACCAUGUGAGGAAACGUCCGUUCAAUAUUCCAAAUCCAAAACAUUGGAGGACAUGAUAACUGGUUACAUUGAACUGCUAGCCCGGGAAUGCACUAUUGAUUGGUAAAUGAAGACUAUAAAUAAAGUUGAAAAGGAAUAUGAAA